AUGGGAAUGGAUAUACAAUAUUUGGAUUUUAGAGAAAAGAUCAGAGUUGAUGAAUGUUUAGGAAGAAGAAUUAGUUAUGAAGAUGUUGUAAGUUUUAAAAAUUCAUCAAAAUCAAGAACUUUUUUGGAAAAAAUAUCUGAAUGUAAUAACAAUGCUAUUACUAAUAAUAAUAAUAAGAAUAAUAAUGAUGAUAAUAACAAUAAUGAUCAUUCAACUACAGUUGGUGAUUUCACUAAUGAUAAUCAUGCAAAUGAAAUUAACAAUGAUAACAAUAAUGAGAGUAAUGACAAUAAUGAUAAUGAUGAUGACACUAAUGAAAACAGUGACAACUAUGAUGAUAAUGAUGAUGAUGAUGAAUAUGAUAAUGAGUAUAAUGCAUACUAUGUCAUUGAUCAAGAUGAAUCUGACUAUGCUGGACAUAGACUCAGUAAUGAUAGACAAAUUUAA